AUGAUUCGAAGACAGAAAGUCCCUACUGCACUGAUAUCAGUUACCGACCGACCCGUUGAAGCGCUAUAUCGUGCCUUGGAGAAAUGCCGCACUUCGCAAGAAGACCCAAAAGAGAUAUGGAUCGCGAUAAUAUUCGUUCCGGAUGACGCCAAUACACAACCUCACCAUGCUCGCGAGUUUGCACAGCAGCUCAUGGACAGCAGAGACGCAAAGGUCUUUAAACACGAGUAUUUGUUCGAACGGGAAAUCCCGAUGAGUUACCUGAAGCACAAUGUCUCGCUCAGAGAGCUAUUCAAAGGUGGACGAAGCAUGGGGUCGUUCCUCGACACAAACGGCUCUUUCCCAGGCACUCUGGAAGAAUUCCGGAAGGUGAUAAUGAGUGAGAUAUUGUUGGACGCUUACGGCGCUGGUCGUUGGAUAGGAGGCAUCGCCCGAGCUUUCGGUGUCAGGGCACCAGUGUACGAGAUCGCGAACGGGAUAUUUUCGGAUUCGCUUGGAAGUUUCAGGCGCAUCGAUGAGGAUUCCCAAUAUUUCUAUGUAUAUUGGGCGAAUGAUGAUGGAUUUCACGGUGGUAUUGAGUUUGGGAGCAUAUGCUACGUUGAAGACGGAAUUAGUGAUGAACUCGAUUCCUGGCUUGGUAUUUGA